AGGAUGCGGGCGGGCGGCGGGGCGGCGGCGCGGGGGGUGCUGGCGCUGGCGCUGCUCCGCCGCUGCCUUCUGCUGGGCCCGCUGGGGCCGCGCCUGGCCGGCGGACAGGACGGGGACGGCUGCGGCCACACGCUGCUGACCCCCCACAGCGGCACCCUCAGCUCCAAGAACUACCCGGGCACGUACCCCAACCACACCGCUUGCCGCUGGCGGCUGCGCGCCCCCCCCGGCACCUCCCUCCUCCUGGCUUUUGGGGACGUGGACCUGGAGCCCUCCGAGCGCUGCGCCCGCAGCUCCCUGCUGCUGGCUGACCCCAAGGCUGGCACCGCUUAUGGGCCCUACUGCAGGAACGCCGUCCCCGCCGCCCCGCUCCUGGUGACAAACUCCAGCGCUGUGACCGUCCUGUUCAACAGCACCAGCCACCGCUCGGGACGAGGCCUCCUCCUGUCCUACGCCACCUCCCAGCACCCAGACCUGGUCUCCUGCCUGGUUCGGGGCACCCACUACACCCAGGAGCACAUCAGCGUGUACUGCCCCGCAGGCUGCAAGGACAUCGACGGGGACAUCUGGGGCAACCCGAGCCAGGGCUACCGGGAUACCUCGGUGCUGUGCAAGGCGGCCGUGCACGCCGGGGUGAUCGCGGACGAGCUGGGCGGGCAGGUCACCCUGACCCGGGAGAAGGGGAUCACGCUCUACGAGUCGGCCUUCGCCAACGGGCUCCACUCCAAAAGGGGAUCCCUCUCUGAGAAACGGCUCAUAUUCCACAAAGCCUGCGGGGACACGCUGGAGGUGGCCACCUUCAACGCCUCGUCCUGGUGGCAAGAGGUGGAUGUGCUGGGUCGGGACCGAGCCUGGGCGGCCGAACGGGCAGCGCUCGGCACCGCCGGCCACUCCUGGGCGGCCGAACCCGGCUCCGAGGCCGCCUGGCUGGAGCUGGACCUGGGCACCCGCCAGAACGUCACUGGGUGGCCCCCCCCCGCCAAGCCCUUCCCCGGCCCCGGGCUCGCUCCUGCACCAACAGGCAUCAUCACGAAGGGCUCCUCCGAGCAGCACGACUACUACGUGACGUCCUACCGCGUCUCCUCCAGCCGCGACGGGAAGAACUGGAGACCCUACAGAGGCAGCGGUGGCCAGGAGGACAAGGUCUUUGAAGGAAAUGCCGACAGCCGCGGGGAGGUGUCCAACGCCUUCAUCCCCCCCAUCGUCGCCCGCUACAUCCGCGUCACCCCCCAGAGCUGGCACCAGCGCGUGGCCCUGAAGGUGGCCCUGGUGGGCUGCCAGCCGGCGCGGGUCCGCGCGCCCCGGCCCUACGUGCCCAGUGUCCCCAAGGAGGUCCCCGACCCCACCAACCGCCCCGCCAGCCGCACACCCAUCCCCGGCGUCGCCCUGGACCCGGAGAAGGAAGGCCCCACGCUGCUGGUGAUGCUGCUCAGCGGCGGCUUCGUGCUCCUCUGCUCCAGCCUCCUGCUGCUGGCUUUCCUCUGCCGCAGGAAGAGAAAGCUGGCGGCGGAGCUGAACGGUGGGAUGACGAAAGGGUACCCCAAAGUGGAGUUGAGCCCUGGGUGCUCCCUGCAGAGCCUGCCCCCCCCCAGCUCCUCGCUGGCCUCCUUCCCCACGGCGGAUGCACCGGGGGACCUCAGCCAGACCCAUUCGCCAGAGUACGCCGAGCCAGACCUGGUGCAGGUGAGCCCCAGCAGCCAGCCGAGCCCCUCCACCUUCAAACCCCUCCUGGACGAGGGCUACACGCUGCCGCUGGUCGUGAGCCACUACGAUGUACCGGGAAAAUAUCACGAGUACGCCGAGCCGCUGCCGCCCGAACCCGAGUACGCCACGCCGUUCAGCGAACCGGAGCCCGCCAGCACCCACCGGAACCCCUGCGGCAUCCCGGGGUUCUCCGGCUGCCCCCCGAUUCAGUACGACGCGCCCACCCUGCGGCCCGGGGAUCCCCCUCGCCGGGGGUCCGGCGGGACGCACACAGCCCACGGGGUGGAGCGGACUGCGGGCCCCGGGGGGGCUGUCCCCUCUGCGGGGGGGUCCUGCUCCCAGCUGGGGGACUGUCCCCUCUCCCAUGUGUACCACGAAGCCUUGUGAAGCUCCGCGGGAGCCCAGCGACCCUGGCCCAGGGGGGUGGGGGGGUGCCGUGCUCCGGCCACAACCCCUCCCCGGAGGCCCAGGGGAUCUUUUUUAAGAACAAUCCUAUUUAAAUACAUAUAUAUAUAUAUAUAUAUAUCAGCCA